CACAGUACAAAGUGUGGCUGUGUUGUCUGUUGUUUGUCCUGGUCACAGUUUUUUUGCUAUUGUUGUAUAAACCUAUUCGCGGUGUGCAAGUACUUGGAAAGGGAAACGAGAAACGACCGUGCGCGAGUCGCGGAGAAAUAUUGCAUCUAUCUUAAAUAAUUCAUAUUGUCAAUUGAAAUUGUCAAAUUGACGUAUAUUUCAUACCUUCUGUCAUUGACGCAGAAAAAUUAUAUAUUGCUCCACAAUAUUGAUAUGAUAUGCAAUUAUUAUAUAAAGGUAAAUUUAAUUAAUUGUAUUUUGCUUGCAGUACUGCAUUUUAAUAACUGAUUUUAUUUACUACAUACAAUUGUUUACGUUUGCUAAACAUAACCUGCAUCUUAUUUUUUCUUCUUAUUAUUUUUUUGGACUAUGGUCUUGACAAUUAUCCAGCAACCAGGACUAAUAUAAUUGGCCAAUAUAAUUAAAAGUGCGAAUAAAAGUACAGAGCGUAGAAAUAGAGGUCGCUUUGCCGAACUUGCACGGUCCCAAUAUACUGUGGUCCUGGUCCUACCAUACAAAGGUCCUACGUCCUAGACACCUUUCACUUUUCACCUUUUUCAUGUUGGAACUGCAGUAAAGUAACUUAGUUUAAAUUCUAAAUGGAGUUAAGUGAAGAUUCUAUAAAAAGAAAACAAUAUGGAGAUUUUCUAGGGCAAUAUGUUAAUGUACAAAUUAAAUCAGAACUGGAAGAAUGCAGGUUUGAAAGUAAUCACACAGAGGAUUCUGUAUCAGACUCAUAUUGUUCCCACAAUAUUAAAAUAGAUGACCAUAAUAUGUUACAAUAUGAUAUAAGUAACCCAUUCCCUUUCAUUACCAUGCAAGGAGUUAAGACAGAAAUCAAAAAAGAACUGGAUGAACAUAAUUUAGAAGUAAACCAUGGGUGUGACACUCUCUUUAAAACUACAGAUACUGAAAAAUUAGACUCGGAGGGAGUUGUAAAAUUACAGAUAGGAGAUUCAUUUGAGAUAGAUCAUGCAAAACAUUGUACAAGUACAAAAACAACAAAAUUACUGUCCAAAAUUGACAAAGAAAAAAGUUCUUUGUUAGACUUAUAUUGUUCAGACAAUAUUAAAAUAGAAGAACAUAUGUUACAAUUUGAUGUAAUUAACCCAUUCCCAGUCAUUACCAUGCAAGAAGUUAAGACAGAAAUCAAAAAAGAACUGGAUGAACCUAAUUUAGAAGUAAACCAUGAGUGUGACGCUGUAUUUAAAAGUAUAGAUACUGAAAAAUUAGACUCAGAGGGAGAUGUAAAGUUACAGAUUGGAGAUUCAUUUGACACAGAUCAUGAAACAGCAGAAUUACUGUCCAAAAUUGAUAAAAAAAGUUUACGUCAGAAUGAGAAUCAAAUGAAAUCCGAGGGAUCUUUGGAAACAUACACACGAGAAAAUUCGUACAAGUGUGAAAUAUGUUUGAGGGAAUUUACUGCAUUCAGAUAUUUAAAAAGGCAUAUGCUAAUACACACUGGAGAAAGGCCUUACAAGUGUAAAAUUUGUUAUAGGGAAUUUAGUCAAGAUGGAAAUUUGAAAAGGCAUUUAAGGAUACACACUGGAGAGAAGCCUUCUUACAACUGUGAAAUUUGUUUUAGGCAAUUUAGUGAAGCAGGAAAUUUGAAAAACCAUUUAAGGAUACACACUGACAAAAAGCAUUACAAGUGUGAAAUUUGUUCUAAGCAAUUUAAUCGAAAUCAUAGUUUGAAAAAACAUUUAAGAAUACACACUGACGAAAAGCCUUACAACUGUGAAAUUUGUUUUAGGCAAUUCAGUGAAGCAGGAACUUUGAAAAACCAUUUACGGAUACAUACUGGCCAAAGGCAUUAUAAGUGUGAAAUCUGUUUUAAGCAAUUUAGUCAAGGUAGACAUUUGAAAAAUCAUUUAAGAAAGCAUACUGGCGAAAAGCAUUUAAGAAUACACACUGACGAAAAUACUAACAAGUGUGAAAUUUGUUUGAAGCAAUUUAGUCAACCAGGAAUUUUGAAAAAGCAUUUAAUAAUUCACACUGGCGCAAAACCUUACAAGUGUGAAAUUUGUUCUAAGCAAUUUAGUCGAGGUGACAGUUUGAAAAAGCAUAUAAGGAUACACGCUGGAGAAAAGCCUUACAAGUGCGAAAUAUGUUUCAAGCAAUUUAGCGAAACAGGAACUUUGAAAAAGCAUUUAAAAUUACACACUGGAGAAAAGGUUUACCAGUGCGAAAUUUGUUCUAAGCAAUUUAGUCGAGAUGACAGUUUGAAAAAGCAUUUAAGGAUUCACACUGGAGAAAAGCCUUACAAGUGCAAAAUUUGUUUUAAGCAAUUUAGUGAAGCAGGAACUUUGAAAAGGCAUUUAAAAAUACACACGGGAGAAAAUCCUUGCAACUGCGAAAUUUGUUUUAAGCAAUUUAGUAAAGCAGGAUCUUUGAAGAAGCAUUUAAAAAUACACACCGGAGAAAAGCCUUACAAGUGCGAAAUUUGUUGUAAGCAAUUUAGUGAAAAAGGAAUUUUGAAUAAUCAUUUAAGAAUGCACACUGGCGAAAAGCCUUAUGGAUGUGAAAUUUGUUCUAAGCAAUUUAGUCGAGAUGACAAUUUGAAAAAGCAUUUAAGGAUACAUACUGGAGAAAAGCCUUACAAAUGCGAAAUUUGUUUUAAGCAAUUUAGUGAAAAAGGAACUUUGAAUAAUCAUUUAAGAAUGCACACUGGCGAAAAGCCUUAUAGAUGUGAAAUUUGUUCUAAGCAAUUUAGUCGAGAUGACAAUUUGAAAAAGCAUUUAAGGAUACAUACUGGAGAAAAGCCUUACAAGUGCGAAAUUUGUUUUAAGCAAUUUAGUGAAAAAGGAACUUUGAAUAAUCAUUUAAGAAUGCACACUGGCGAAAAGCCUUAUAGAUGUGAAAUUUGUUCUAAGCAAUUUAGUCGAGAUGACAAUUUGAAAAAGCAUUUAAGGAUACAUACUGGAGAAAAGCCUUCAUCAUCAUCAUGGCAUCUACACUCCUAGCGGAGUGAUUGCCGCCCUCUUUGAGCUCUUCCGAUUCGUUUGUCGCGGUGAAUCAAUCCGCAAUAACAUUUUCGUUUUACAAUUGGUUGUGUGACUUGGCAUCUUCUACAAUUUUCCUCCAUUCGUUCCUGUUUUUGCUUCUGGUUACCCAUUCUCUGACUCCCAUCUUCUUAAGGUCCUCCACUAUCUGGUUCUCCCAUCUAGUUUUGGGUCUUCCUCGUGGUCUGCCUGAUAUGUACAGGUCUCCAUUUGGAAAUUUUCUUGAUAACGGCUUCUGGAUUCCUCCUUUCUAUAUGUCCCAUCCAUCUGAGUCUCUGUGGCUUGAUAAAUCUGACGAUGUCUUCCCCUUUCAGAAGUUCUCUUACUUCGUGGUUCAUGAGUUUUCUAAAUUCAAUAUUACCUAAGUUUAAUGGUCCUGCUAUCCUCCGAAUUAUUUUCCUUUCUAGGAUCCUCAAUCUUUCUUCCUCUUUCUGUGUCAGACGCAUUACUUCAGCACCAUAUGUGAUUACUGGUCUAAUUGCUGCUUUGUAUUCUGAGUAAGCUUCUUAUCUUUGAGGAAGUUACUGUAUUUCCAGUAGGUUCUGUUUCCUGCCUGGAUUCUUUCAUUAAUUUCGAUACUUCUAUCAUUAGUUCCAUUAACUGAGACUUCAAGAUAUUUAAAAUGUUCUACCUUUUCAUAUUCACCAAUAUUUAAGCUUAUCAUAUUAACUGGGUUAUUUUCUUGAGCAUAUUAGGUAUUUUGUUUUGUUUUGAUUUAUUUCUAAACCCCUUUUGGAUGCUUCUUUUCAUAACUUCGUAAAUUCUUCCUUUAAACUGUUUAGGUUUCUGCUAAUUAAUGCUAUGUCGUCAGCAUACGCCACAAGUUGCGACGUCGAUGUUAUAAUCGUGCCUUUUAUUUCUGUAGCUCUUUUUGUUCCUUCUAUAGCGACAUUAAAUAGUGACGUUGAUAGGGAGUCGCCUUGUCGUACUCCACUUGCUAUUCCUAUAUUUUGGGUGAUUCCGUUAUCUGUAAUUAUUGCCGCAGUCGAUCCUCUCAUUGUUAUUUUCGUAAGCUUUAUAAGUUUCAUUGGUAUAUUUAGGUUUUUCAUGUCUUCUAUUAGGUCGGGUCUUGUUAAGCUGUCAAAGGCUUGCUUGAAGUCUAUGAAAAGGAUGUGUAAGUCGAUAUCAUGUUCGUAGCAUUUCUCAAUUGACUGUGAUUAUGUGAACUGCGUCUAUUGUUGACCUUCCCUCCCUAAAUCCGUGCUGGUAGUCUCCUAUUUUAUUUUCAAUGUGUUUUGAGAGUUUUUGUCUAAUUAAUGAUGUUAAUAUUUUGUAGCAGCUGUUUAACAGUGUUACUCCUCUAUAGUUGUUACAUUUUGUGGUGUCCCCUUUCUUAAGGAUCGGAAAUAUUCAUCCACUUUUCCAUUCUUCGGGCAUUCUUUCUUCUUCCCAAAUCCUUAUUAUUAGGUCGUAUAUUUUCCGUUGUAGUUCUUCUCCCCCUCGUUUUCUUAGCUCAUUUGGGAUUUCAUCUGGGCCCGCUGUUUCUUUACCAGUCUUUUGCGGGCCCGUCUUUUGUUUUAGAUUUCUUAUCACAUGUAAAAAGUCCUCAUAUGACGGCUUGUCGAUUUCGAUUUCAUCAUCAAGGUCUGUUUCUUCUGUAUAUUCGAGAGAACUUUCUCUCGCCUUAAAUAACUCUUCGUAGUAUUUCUCCCAUAUUUUGGCAUCAAUUUGGAUCCCAUAAGCAAUUUAAUCGGGAUCAGAGUUUGAAAAAGCAUUUAAGAAUACACACUGACGAAAAGCCUUACAACUGUGAAAUUUGUUUUAGGCAAUUCAGUGAAGCAGGAACUUUGAAAAACCAUUUAAGGAUACAUACUGGCAAAAGGCAUUAUAAGUGUGAAAUCUGUUUUAAGCAGUUUAGUCAAGGUAGACAUUUGAAAAAUCAUUUAAAAAAGCACACUGGCGAAAAGCCUUAUAAGUGUGAAAUUUGUUCUAAGCAAUUUAGUCAAAAUAACAAUUUGAAAAAGCAUUUAAGAAUACACACUGACGAAAAUACCAACAAGUAUGAAAUUUGUUUGAAGCAAUUUAGUCAACCAGGAAUUUUGAAAAAGCAUUUAAUAAUUCACACUGGCGCAAAACCUUACAAGUGUGAAAUUUGUUCUAAGCAAUUUGAAAAAUUAUAUAAGGAUACACGCUGGAGAAAAGCCUUACAAGUGCGAAAUCUGUUUCAAGCAAUUUAGCGAAACAGGAACUUUGAAAAAGUAUUUAAAAUUACGCACUGGAGAAAAGCCUUACAAGUGCAAAAUUUGUUGUAAGCAAUUAAAGUGAAGCAGGAACUUAGAAAAGGCAUUUAAAAAUACACACGGGAGAAAAGCCUUGCAACUGCGAAAUUUGUUUUAAGCAAUCUAGUAAAGCAGGAUCUUUGAAGAAGCAUUGAAAAAUACGCACCGGAGAAAAGCCUUACAAGUGCGAAAUUUGUUUUAAGCAAUUUAGUGAAAAAGGAACUUUGAAUAAUCAUUUAAGAAUGCACACUGGCGAACAGCCUUAUAGAUGUGAAAUUUGUUCUAAGCAAUUUAGUCGAGAUGACAAUUUGAAAAAGCAUUUAAGGAUACAUACUGGAGAAAAACCUUACAAGUGCGAAAUUUGUUUUAAACAAUUUAGUGAAUCAGGACAUUUGAAAAAGCAUUCAAAAAAACACACUGGAGAAAAGCCAUAGAAGUGUCAAAUUUGUUUUAAGCAGUUUAGUGUAACACUAGUGAGCAAGUGAUUGUAAAAUCAAAUACUGUAAGAGAACUUUGACGCCUUAAUUCAAGUUACUAAAAAACUAACUGAUAAUUUGCCUGUUUUUAUCGAGACAUAUGAAUUAUUAACAAAAAUGACGGUUAAUUAGACUAUCUCACAAAAAAAAUUGACGAGAUCCAUAAAUUAAAUAACCUGUUAAAUCCUGAAUAUCUUUUAAAAGCUAGAAGACAGAUGAAACAAGAUAUCUUCAAUAUAUUGUCAGUUUUUUUCGGCUGUUCCAAUGACACAAUUCAGGUACAAGUCCAAGACUCAAAUUCAUCUGAGAUGAAGUUAGGAUUAGAGAGGCUCUCUUCAAACAUCAGUGAAAUAUCUAAAAUGUGUAAUCUUUCCAACAAACUACCUACUAUACCAACGAAGAAAGAGGCAAAAAAGAAAUAUAGUGGAUGCCAAACUGAAGACACUCAGCAUUUCGAAGCCAGUCCAGUCAAAAAAUCAAAAAUUGCAGAAGAUAAAUGUCACUUUGUCGUUAUUAGCAACUUAACCCCAAUAUACACCCUUAUACAAGUAGUUCACUACAUUAAAUAGAACUUAGGUAUCAAGGAAUAUAUUAGAUGUUACGCCUUCCUUAAAGAUGCCAACACAGCAACUGGCUCCUCAUUCAAAAUAGGUAUAAAAUCGAAAACAUAUAUUGACUUAUUAUUUAAUAAAGAGAAGAAUAAGGUUGGCCUGGGCAUCAUUCGGAAAACUGUCUUAUAUUCUAAAGAACAGAAAAUACCCGCAAUACCUAAAAACAAAAGUAUUCAAUCAAUGUAUACUCCCUGUUUUAAUAUAUGGCUCUCAGACAUGGACGUUUACAAAAGAGAAUAUGGAAAAAAUAGCAAAGACAGAAAGAGCCAUGGAAAGACAAAUGCUGAACAUUAAAUUAUCAGACAGGAAAAGAAACGAAUGGAUCCGUAACAAAACAAAAGUGAAAGACGUCUGUACCCAAGUAGCAAAGCUUAAAUGGAAGUUCGCCGGACACACCCUACGGCAGAAGGAUGAAAGAUGGACUAAGAUGGUAAUACAUUGGAGACCAUGGAACCACAAACGAAAAAGGGGAAGGCCACAGAUGCGAUGGUCAGAUGACCUGAAGAAACACACUGGGUCAAAAUGGAUGCAAAUUGCCCAAGAUAGAGAGGCAUGGAAGAAGGAAGAGGAGGCCUAUAUCCAAGGAUGGAUGUUUAGGGCUGAUUAGAUAGAUAGAUAGAUAGAUAGAUAGAUAGAUAGAUAGAUAGAUAGAUAGAUAGAUAGAUAGAUUUAAUAAAGAAAUUUGGCCACCUGGUGUAAACAUUAAAUGGUCUACAGAAUACUCAUACUCCGAACCAACGACUUCAUCCGAGGCAAACAUGAAUCCGAAGAACAUCAGAAACCCGGUUAACUUGGAAAAUCCAAUUACCAUUCCAAGCAACAACAAAAAUGAAGUUGAAAACACAAAUAUACUUACAAAUAAGCAGUCCAUCACAAUUUGCAAAUCUAAAAAUCAUUUGCGUUCUCAUAUUAAUUUCAUUAAGAAAGAUACUUUGCAAUCAUCCAUAAAUUUGGAUCCUUUAACACCACCAAGAGUUAGAUUAACCAAUAAGUGGAACAGUCGAUAUCUUCUAGCAAGAUUAAGGGAACCGGAUAUCUUAAAAGCAAUUAAGCUACAUCUUGCUGUUCUACACGAUUAACCUGCUUCAGUAUUUUAUGAUGGAUAUACCAACAGUAGCGUUAAACUAUUUUUGGCUUCCGACGGACUAUCUACUAAGGCUGAAGAACUACGAAAAAUUCUUCUAAAAUUUAACGAUGCCUAUGGAAUUGGUCCAGCUGAGGUGGAAGCUGAUCUUGCCGCUUUUAGGUCCUUUCUCACUUCAGAAAGAAUUAUCUCUCUCGUUCCAUCCCUCCUUGUGGAGUAUUGGGCGCUUAUGCGUUUCUUGGCCAAAAGUGUAAGAUUGCUGUCUGGCCGGGACAGCGCAUCUUCUUUUGUUUUUAUUCUCUGGAUAAAUUGUGAACUAAUUCCCUCCACUCUCUUCUAUCUUUUGCUCUCUUUUUUGACAGAAAGAAUUAUACACCUGCAAAAAUCAAGGGAAUGUCGCCGAAAUUAUUGUUACACCAGCUCUCCAAAGCGAAAUUUUUAAACAACACGAUGUAUUCUGAGGAACCAAAAACCUAAAAUCAUUUUAGUGAUGUCAACUUUAGUAUGGUUCUGAUCAACAUUCGUUCUAUAAGAAAUUAAACUGACGAAUUAUUUUUGUUUCUAGAGGAAUUAGCAUUUCCCCAGAUAUGUAGUUGCGGUUACAGAGCACUGGCUUGAAGUCAACGAGCCUUUUUUGUAGAAAAAUAUACCACAAUUAUUGCUAGGUAUGAUCGUCCAAGUUCAGCUCAUGGGGACACUCAAAUUAUUUCUAUAAAUAAUGAUUUUUCUCUGAUAACAAAAUAUGACUUUCUGUUAAAUGAAGCCUUCUUUGAGUUUUCCUUAGUUUAUAAUAAAAAUCUUAAUCUUUGCAUUAUUUGCAUCUAUAUAUCACCUGACUCUUUCGUGGAACUAUUUUUUCAGAACCUGCUAAAUGUGUUGGAUGACUUGCCUCAUAAAAGCAGAAAAAUUCUAUGCGGGGACUUCAAUAUUAAUUAUGCUGCUGCUUGUGCUAUCCAAAUAUUCUUGGUCAACAUAUUUGAUUCAUAUGGUCUCUCAAUGCACGUUAAUUAUCCUACAAGAAUUACAAAAACUACAUCUACCAUAAUUGAUUAUAUUGUCUCAGAUUUCUCACCCUUGAUGUCUGCUCUACAAUUAUUAAUGCGGAACUAUCGGAUCAUGAAGCAGUUAUAUACGAAAUUCUUCAGCAAACAUUUCUCGAAAACCAGACGUUUAGGUAAGAUUUUUUCCGCUCGGAAUUUUCAUAAAUUCCAAAAUUUAUGUUUAACUUCUGACUGGCAUUUUCCUUCUACGGACGUGGACUAUAAUUUUAGUGAUUUUUUAGAGAAGCUUGUCUGUAUCUUCAAUAAAGCAUUCCCUUUAAUUAGAAUUAAGCCAAAACAUUGCAAAUUCUGGUCUACCAAAGGUAUUUGUAUAUCAGCCAAAAAUAUGCGUUCACUAUUGUAUAUCAAGAAAUUUACUAACAAUGUCUGUCACUCAAUAUAUCACCAAGUACAGGGUAACCUAUCUAAAGCUCAUCAAAUCAGCUAAAAAAGCUUACUAUCAAAAUCGUCUGGGAAGCUCUAAAAGUGUUGCAAAAGAAACUGGGUCCAUAUUACACGAUCUUCGAAAUAAAACUCACGCAGCUCGAACAUUUGCCCUUCCAAACCCUGAAAAUCUAAACGAAUACUUCGUAAUGUGAGUAAAAAUAAAACAUCACCUAUUCAACCGUAACAAGAUUCCAUUUCCUAUCUCCCUAAUUCAGGAAUGGUCUCGAAUUCAUUCUUUAUAAGACCAAUCGAUAAAUCUGAACUGAUCUAAACGAUCAAUGGUAUCAAAAGCAACCGAGAAUUCUUAAUUACUGUACAUACAGGGUGUCCCGGAAAAUAGUGCGUUCCUUCAAGGUAUGGGCUAAGUGCACCAUUUAGAGCAAAAAAGUCUAAUAAAUUUUUUUUGUUAAGUCAACCGUUUUCAAAAAAAUAAUUUAUUAAUUUUAAUGCAUUUGAUUAAUGUCCACAGAAAAGCAAAUACAGCCGGCAGCGCUGCGUUCCUUCUGUGCUAAAAUAAUUUUACUGUAACUCAACUAUCAUGAAUCAUCGAUCAUAGGCAUAAUAUACAUUGAUAAAAUACUGAUAACAGUAAUAGAAAAACAGCAUAAUAUUUGUGUUUAUUAAAUAUCUAAUAAAUAAGGUUUGUAUAGUGUUUUAACUUACAUAAAAAUUUUUUAUUACAAUAAAGCUACGUCUUCAAGAAGCAUCGAUAGAACAUGUUGCAAACAUUUGAGUACCUGCAUUUCUCCAUUCAAUCUUCUGGGAAGUUCGAAUGGUUCAAUUAGAUGAUUAUAAAAAAUAUUCCCAGCCCACAAAUUCAUACUUUUGUCAACCACGAAAGUUAAACACACCAUUCGUAAAAAUAAACUUUAUCUGCACAUAACACUUUACACAGAAAUUCGGGUUCUCUGAAGAUCUUAUUUUACUUGGAGGUAAAUAGCCUUGCUGUAAAUCUUGCACUAAACGUAAUUAACAUAAUAUCAUGAUACUCGCUAUCGAAAUCAUGACAAUAUCACAACAAUAGGAUGUACCUAUUCUGGGGUUACAGGUGAUUAUGAUAUGACUGUUUGUGUUUACAAUUUGUAUAUUUUUAUCUAAGCUGUGUCAAAAUAAAUAAAACUGCCGUGUUGCCAAAUGUAAAUUUUAGUAAAAUACAUUAUUUUAAUUUUUUGGGGCAACAGAUGACUUAGAAAAAAAAUUUAUAAGAAAGUUUUCUUUUAAAUGGUGGAUUCUACCCACACCUUUAAGGAACGCACUAUUUUCCGGGACACCCUGUAUACAUAGGCGUAUCUUCAACGGUUUAAUUAUGCCUUCGACUUCGAAUAUGAUUUGUUCCUGCUGUAGUAAAUCGUAUAAAUCGAAUUUAAUGAUAAAAUGUUCCGUUUGCAAUAGAAUUUUUAGACAUACCUGUGUGAAUGUUAGCAAUGUAGAACUGGAAUUAUUUAAUGAUAAUGAUAAAGGAUUCGAUUGGUCUUGUAUGAGUUGUAGACAGGUUGGGAACCAAAUAAAAGAUCUGAAAGCAUUAAUUCUAACUUUACAAACUGAUAUUCAAGCACUUAAAAAUUAAAACCAAUCAAUGAAGAAUUCUACAAACAUGUUGGUUAUGGAAAAAGUCAUUCAGGAAAUAAAUGAGCGUAGAAAACGCAAACGCAAUGCUAUUUUAUUUGGUGUACCUGAGCAAAAUACUCGGCUCUCUCCCAAUAGUCGCAAUGAUAAGGACACACAGGAAGUCCAAACAAUAAUUCAAAGUAUGAAUACUAACGUGAAUGUCAAUGAACUCAAACUAUUUAGGCUUGGUCAACCAGCACAAGGUAAAAAUCGUCCAAUCAAGAUAACACUUAAAGAUGAAAAUGACGUCUCAGCAUUAAUCACACAAUCCAAGGUUCUAAAAACUGGUAUCUACAGCCAUGUGUCAAUUUCAUAUGAUCGUACGAAAAAAGAAAUUGCAUACUACAAACAAUUAAAGGAAGAAUUAGACGCUAAGAACGCAAAUAAUACAGGACAAUUUAGAAUUAAAUACUUGGACGGCAUCCCAAAAAUUGUUCCUUUAAACAGAUAGGUCCCAGCAGUUCCUCAAGCCAAGAUCUUCAGGUUUACUAUCAGAAUGUGCGAGGCUUGAAUUCUAAGGUAUUUGAUUUUUACUCUAGUGUUAGUGAAUGUGAAUUUGAUAUCAUUGCUUUAACGGAAACUUGGCUCAACUCCGAUGUUAUUAGUUCGGAAUUGUUUAAUGAUGCCUAUGAGGUCUUCAGGAAAGAUCGAAAGUUCGAUGUAGUUAAUAAAUCAACUGGUGGAGGUGUACUGUUGGCACUUAGUCAAACUUCAAAUGUGUUGUUGUUGAUGUAUCAACUAUUGAUUUACAUUUUCCACUAGUUGAUUUGUUAAUUGUGGAAUGUCACAUGUCACACAGGAAAUAAAAAGUUUUAUGUUGCAGUAUUAUAUAUUCCAGACAAAUUAAAGCUAAAUGAUUUUGAAUAUUUUUUUGAAAUGUUAGAGCAACUUGAAUUAUUUAAUAUGUGUGUACCAAUAUACAGAAAUUAUAAACGUCAAUAUCCUACAUGGUACAAUGCGGAAAUAAUUAGAAUGAUAAGUUGAAAUCAAAAAAUAUCAAAAAUUAUAAGAAAACAGGGAAUAUACUUUAUAUGCAUGAAUUUAAAAGGUUGCGAAAAAUAAUAAAACAAAUGAUUAAAACUGAAUAUAACGCUUAUCUUGAAAAAAUUCAGACUAGUAUUUCUAACGAAUCUAAUAAUUUCUGGGCAUAUGUUCAUGCAAAGAAUAAAACUUCUAGAAUCCCAGGUGAAAUGUGUUACAACGGCGAUACAUUUAAUAAUCCUCACGAUAUAAUCCAUGCUUUUAAGAUGUUUUUUGAAAAAGUUUAUAUACCUGUCGAAAACAAUGCAUUUGAUAACCAAGAAUGUAGAGAUAUCUAUUUACACACUAUUAAUUUUAGCGAAUUUCAAGAAAACGAAAUUUUGGUAGCAUUUAAAAAAAUUAAAAAUAAAAUGACGUCCGGACCGGAUAAUAUUCCAGCAUUUUUAAUCAAAGAUUGUUCUCGGGUAUUUGUAAAGACACUUCAAAAAAUUUUUAACUUAUCAAUAAAAACGGGAACUUAUCCCGAACUGUGGAAAAAUGCAAAAGUAUGCCCUGUAUUCAAAAACGGAACGAAAUCUGAUGUAUCCAAUUACAGACCGGUAUCUUUGUUAUGCAAUUUUUCAAAGGUUUUCGAAGUAACUGUAUAUAAUCGUAUAUAUCCUUCUGUUAGGGGAUGGAUAUCACCUUAUCAACAUGGCUUUAUAGAUAAACGCUCUACUGUAUCAAACUUAGCUGUAAUAACUCAAUAUAUUUCAGAUGUUUUGGAUGUACAAGGUCAAGUAGAUGUAAUAUAUACUUAUUUUGCUAAGGCGUUUGACAAGGUUGAUCACAAAUAUCUUCUCUUUAAAUUAUCAAAUUUAGGAUUUUCUGGAAACAUUUUAAAGUUACUUGAAAGCUAUUUAAUAGGUAGGAGCCAAUUUGUAUCAUAUAAUGGUUUCACAUCAGAAUUAAUCUUUACUACAUCCGGCGUUCCACAGGGAUCAAACUUAGGUCCAUUGUUGUUCCUAUUAUAUAUCAACGAUUUAUUUUUAGAUAUCAAUAACAGAAAAUUAUGUUUUGCGGAUGAUCUUAAAAUAUACUGUGAAAUUAAAACAAUUGCUAACUGUAUAGAUUUGCAGAACGAUCUAAAUUAUAUAGAUAUUUGGUGUAUAAAAAAGAAACUUUUUCUUAAUGUCAAUAAAUGUAAAGUAGUAAGAUAUUCUAGGAAGGAAAAUAAGGUUGAUUUUAAUUAUGUAAUUCAGGGGGUCAGAACUGGAAAAAUGUAAUAGCAUUAAAGACUUACGGGUUAUAUUUGAUUCAAAAUUAACCCUUAAUGACCAUAUUGAGCAGAAAGUAUCUGAUGCUAUGAAAAUGUACGGUUUUAUCAUCAGAAACUGUAGAAAUUUUAGCGAUAUAAGACCGAUUAAACUGCUGUAUCUAUCGUUAGUGCGAACAAAACUAGAAUAUUGUAGCUUAAUUUGGUAUCCUAUUUAUAGAUGUUAUAUGCAACAGAUCAAAAAGGUACUACGGAAACUUUUAAAAUAUUUAGCAUUUAAGGUUGAUGGAGUAUAUCCUGCUCAUGGUUAUGAUUACGAUUUGUUAUGUAAUAGGUUUGAUAUUGUAAGUUUAGAGUUAAGAAGAGUUAUAUUUUCGGUUUCAUUUUUAUUUAAGUUAUUACACAACUGUAUUGACUGCAGCGAUAUAUUAGACCAAAUUAGAUUUAAUGUGCCACGAAUAUCUUCCAGGUCAACUAUCGUGUUUACUUGUCCACGCGCGAGAACAAACAUGUUACUAAAGUCACCGAUUUAUGUUAUGUGCGAUAACUAUAACAAAAUAUGCAACCAUUGUGAUAUUUUUUCAUGCUCAAUUAAUCAUCUAGUUGAUACCGCAUUGGUUUAUUUAGUACCUUAAAUUGUUAAUUUUUUUAUUUUUUUUUAUUUCUUAUUUACAUAGUUAUUUGUUUAAUUAAAUUCUGAUUGUAUGCUAACUAAAAAUUGUUCAAAUUUUUACCCUAGAAAUGGGAAACUGUUGGGUAAUAAAGCUAUUAUUUA